AUGGGUCCUCAAAGGAGGAUGGGAAUAUAUGUUGGAUAUGAAUCUCCAUCUACUCUAAAGUACCUUGAACCAAUAACAGGGGAUUUAUUCACUGCUCAUUUUGCUGAUUGUCAUUUUGAUGAAUCAAAUUUUCCAGCAUUAGGGGAGAGAAUAAGAAGCUGGAAAAAGAGAUCAUUGAAAAACUUAGCAAAUCAAUUACCAAAUGCAUUCACUGAUCCAAAAGGUGUGACUAAAUCAUAUAUACCAGCUGCAAAUGCUCCAAUAAAAAUUGAUAUCCCUGUUGGGCAAUCAAAUGAGUCUCAACCACGCCUGAAGCGUUGUAGACCAAUCGGUUCUAAAGAUAAAAUUCCUCGAACAAGAAAGGGAGCUAAGAAUAAAGAUGACCCAAGUGAGGAUAUAGAAAAUCCUUCAGACAUAAUAAACAUUUCAUCUCUAGAAGAGAUUGAUCAGGUACUUGAAACUCAUGAAAAUAAAGAGAUCUCGAUAAAUUAUGUCCAAAAUGGAAUACAAUGGAACCGAAAUGAAGUCGACAUUGAUGAUCUUUUUGCAUACAUUAUAGCGCUAAAUGAGAUAAAUGAAAAAGAGGAUCACGAACCAGCGUCUAUAAAAAUUUGUAGACAAAGUGAGGACUGGCCAAAAUGGAAAGAUGCAAUUGAAGCAGAAUUAAACUCACUCUACAAAAGACAAGUUUUUGGACCUGUAGUCCGAACACCUGAGGGUGUGAAGCCAGUUGGAUACAUAUGGGUUUUCGUACGAAAACAAAAUGAAAAAGGUGAAAUUGUGAGAUACAAAGCUCAGCUUGUCGCUCAAGGGUUUUCCCAAAGACCUGGAAUUGAUUUUGAUGAGACAUAUUCACCUGUUAUGGAUGCAAGCACUUUUUGA